AUGAGCGACCAAAGACUUAAUGUGCUACCGACAAAGAUGCAGCUUAUGGCGCUGCGGCAGCGAUAUGCUGCUUCGCAGAGGGGACACAGCCUCCUCAAAAAGAAGCUGGAUGCGAUGACUUUGCAGCUCAGAUCCCUAAACUCUCAACUGGUAACAGCUCGUGAGGCAAUGGUUAGUGCUCUCAAGGAGGCGAACUGGUCUCUCACCCUCGCCCAGCGGUCCGUGACGUCGGGAUCGGAUCUGUAUUCGACGCUUUUCAGUGCAUGCGAAGCAGCCCCCAACCUUACUGUCCAUAAGAUCAUCCAGAAUGUAGCUGGGGUACGUGUCUCAUCGUUUACUCUAUGUGACUUCACGGGGAAGGCGCUGGACAUUCGUCCGGAUGACCCCACAAAGCAGAGUCCAAACACAACAGCUGCCGGGCUCACUGCCAUGAACUCUGUUUCUCUCGGUUUCUCUAGCAAUCAGGGCCACCUGAACGAGACCAAGGCGAAGUGGAUUGUUGCCCUCAGCGCUAUGGUUGCCGUGGCGGGGCUCCAGAGGUCCUGUGCGGAUCUGACCGAAGAGGUUAAGGUGACAUCCCGACGUGUCAAUGCCAUCGAGUACAUCCUUUUACCUAAGCUAGAGAACACUAUAAAGUGGAUUACAGACUCUCUGGAGGAGACGGAAAGAGAGGAGUUUGCUCGUAUAAAGAAGGUGGCAGAUGGAAGGCGUGAAGCUGCAGAGGCGGAGCGCCAACAGGGGAAGGGGGCAGAACCACACUCAGAUAUCAUUGAGUGCGCUGUAGAAGACCCAGAUAUUAUGUUUUAA